AUGUCCAAAUCCCUCGGCAACACCAUCUCCCCCUCCCACUUCAUCGACGGCCUCCCCCCCUCCUCUCCAGCCUACGGCGCCGACGUCCUCCGCCUCAUGCUCGUCUCCUCCGACUACACCUCCGACGUGCUCGUCUCCGACCAACUCGCCCUCUCCACCUCCAACAACCUCAAAAAAAUCAGAAACACCCUCCGAUUCCUCCUCGGCAACCUCUACGACUUCGACCCCUCCCUCCACUCCACCCCCUACCCCCUCCUAGAACAACUCGACCAAUACAUACUACACACACUGUCCCUCUUCGUUCAGCGGUCCCUCGCCCACUACGAACAACUCUGCUUCUUCUCCGUCGUCAAAGACGCGCUGCACUUCGUCAACAGCGACCUCUCCUCCUUCUACCUCCACUCCAUCAAAAGCCGCCUCUACACCACCCACCCCAACUCCCCGCUUCGGCGCUCCGCUCAAACCACCCUCUCCUACCUCCUCGAAGCCCUCACCAAAGUCCUCGCCCCCAUCGCCUGCCACACCGCCGAAGACGACAGGCUGUCCGUACUGGCCCAAAACCUGGCCACCGGCGCCAUCUCUGGCGUCAUCGGCGCCACCCUCACCUACCCCCUGGACGUCAUCAAGACCCGACUGCAAAAUUUCCCUAAAUCAACUCACUCUGGAAUCUGUCAAGUCAUCAAAAAUAUCGCCCACGGCGGCCCUCUCAAAUUUUACAAAGGACUACCCGCAGUCCUAGUCGGUAUCAUACCAGAAAAAGCUAUCAAACUAAGUGUCAACGACUUCGCCAUCGACGCAUUCAAAACACACCUGCGCACCGAAUCCCUCCCCAUCCCCUAUCUAGUCCUCUCCGGGGCAAUCGCCGGCACUGCGCAGGUCAUCGCCACCAAUCCAAUGGAAGUAGUCAAGAUAAGAAUGCAGGUACAACAAACCUCUCACAACCCAGGCUAUAUACGAACCAUUCGCCAACUGGGACUUCUCGGACUCUAUAGAGGCGUCGGAGCAACACUUCUAAGAGACGUACCCUUUUCAAUGUUAUACUUCUCAAUCUAUGGAUACAUGCGCCAAGCGCUGGUCAACAGCUCCGGCGACCUACCCCUACAUAAAGCCUUUUUCGCUGGACUGUCCGCCGGCGUCAUCGCAUCAGGUAUUGUAACUCCAGCAGACGUCGUCAAGACGAGACUCCAAGCACCCCCCCCAAAAGGCAUCGAGCCGUAUGUCGAUAUCAUACCGACCUUUCACCGAAUCAUCCGAGAAGAAGGAUACAGAACACUCUAUAGAGGCGUAAUCCCGCGUAUGAUCGUCAUAUCGCCCCUCUUCGCCAUAUCGUUAGCCGCCUAUGAAGUCCAGAAAACGUGGCUCAAGUGAGGAAUUUAGAGCAACACUUCUAAAUCGCGAAUAACUACAUUCCAACAAGCGUCCGCGAAACCAACUCUCAGGAACUAGAAAACCCCGAUGGUCUCGAGAAAAACCACCCCCGUCAUAUCAAGGAACGCUCUCAUGGUGAUCAACCCGCGCUUUUGGAAACAAAUAAUGUCGUACCAAAAAACAAGCUUGUUUUUUUUUCGUCAGGGCCUCUGCCUCCUUAUCCAGUUAUUCCCUAUUUUUUUAAAGGGAACUGGCAUCGCGUGACGCCCGUUCCGUGGUCUCACAGCACUUUUGAAUCGCUGUUUGGUCCGGACCAAACCAAAAUGGUAACUUCCGAAAGAGCGACCGCAAAUUCGAGAAUGCGCCCGGACCGCUGCGCUACAGAGGCUCCAGUGAAACGAAAGCCAGUCUGGCCACUGAACGAGAGGGUUUAAACGUUGCACCAAAGGUCGAACCGGUCCUUCGUGAACUUUCUCAUGGAGCGUCCGGCUCGGCGGAGGCAGGCCGGAGAUAUACGUAAAGUUGGAAUGGGACAACGAUACGUGUGCGCGAUGUAUGCCCCUGCGAUUUGCACCACCUUUUGUCUGACCUGUUCAAACGCGAUGCGAUCGGUACAAAUAAUUUUUUGUAGUGUACCCAUGCCUAGAGCGCGAUCUUCUCACAUGUACUACCAAACGCGUGAGCCGAUACCGUAGUGCCGACAGGGCAAGGCAGGAGUCAGUUUGCUGCCACUUACAGCCCAUUUGCGGCCAAUAGCGUACCUAUUUUUGCUGAAUCAGGAGUGAGAAAGAGCCGCUCGAACUCAACUCCGUGUAGAGAGCAGAGCUUGUGGGACUGCAAAACCUGUCUCUGUUUGUCGCCUUGAAAUACCCACGAAAACAAAUCACCUCCUGCCAAGUCCGCAUGAUCCCGUCGACGUGUCUUCAGACGCAGCUACGUCAAAGAAAAACGGAAUGCAGAGCCAUAUUUUCUUCAACCGCGAUUUAGAGCAUCUCAAAUUUCGCGCUUCUUCGGUAAACGGAAGCGUUUGCGCAAGGCCCCCGAGCUUUCCGAACACGUUCGCAUGUUCGACUGGACGGAUGAGCGUCUCUCCCUCCUGACGCCAGGGACUCACGGCUUCGACCGCCUCAUUUUCUGUACGUGAGCAAAAGCGAUCUUCGAAAAAGCUUUCACACAUUCGUUGUACAGGACUGAAAACGAGGACGUCUGCCUUCGUCGGCCAAUGCUCGUUCUGAAGGGCAGCGAGACGGGAAUGGCUGCCGUAGUUCCCAGAGACCCCGCGCGAUCUGGGUAUCCGUUCAAUGAGAGAUUGUUCAAUAGUGAAGUCUAAAAAUGUGAAUUUUCUCCCCCCGCGCGGUCCCUCUUUUUUCGAUAGAGGCGAUAUGCAUUCGAAAACCACAGUCGCAAUUCUCAUUGGUCAAAUCCACCGAACACUUGGCAUGGCCGGGACUCUUGCAAGGCGCGCGUUACUCUGCGAUGGAGCCAGAAGGAUGCGCGAGGCAAAGCGAUCUGCGACGCGAAAAAACAAUCUUGGGCAGGGUCCGACAUUGUCGUCAAAAAAAAAUUGUACCCGACUUAUAGGGCCAGCGUAUGCAAAUUUACUACUUCAAACGCAAGUCGGUGUCAGCCGUCUUUGCACGCAUGUCCAUUUCUCCCCUUUGGUGCCAAAAUUCAGGAUACAGUGCCAAUUUUUUUUUGACACGCCUUGGCGGAUGCGUGUCUCCAGAAGGCUGUUGCGCGCGUUUGGAGGCAAUACAAAUAGAUGUAAUCUGGGCCGGGCUCAAUAAGAGGAGAUGUCGAAUAAAACACCACUGUUUUUUCAUAAGGCGCGAUGCUCGCCGUCGUCGCUGCGCUGAUCGGUCGGAUCUGGUAGAGCAUGUCCUUUUUUUUGCAGCGGCCUUGCGCGCAUUUUUGAUAUGUGCAACACUGUCACGGAUUUACCAGGAGCGACAACCGUUCGAGCACGGAGGGCGGCUGCUCGCUCUGAUCGUUCUGUCUCUCAGAACGGACGCGCUCGCUCGAGAAUUGGGACUGCACGCGGAUCGUUUCAUACAGCAUCGUAUUCUGCA